AUGGAAGAAUUACAAAACAAAGUGCCGUGCAGAGAGGAACAGUUGAACGACUUGUUUAAUCUUCUUGGCGAAGGCGACGAAUGUUUGCCUUGUUCUAUAUUUAUCAGCGGCAGUAUGGCUACAGGAAAAACUUUAUGCGUGAACUCAGUACUACGGAAUUUAAAUUAUAAACAUGUUGUUAUUGACUGUAUCGAAUGUUAUACACCUAAAAUUAUGUACGAGGGUAUUCUGUCGGGGUUAGAUGAUGAGGAAAUCGAAGUUAAAUGUGAAACAUUGAUGGAUCUAACCAACAAUUUGAAUAGAUUACAAGAGGCCACAAUUGGUAAUAAUCCGGUCGUAAUAGUGUUCGACAGAGCAGAGCGGCUACGUACCAUGGACCAUAACAUAAUGAGCGCGUUCUUAAGAUUACGAGAGCUGUGUGAUCUUAAUGUAUGUACAAUAUUCAUCACACAUUUGGUUUACGAAAAUUUCUACUUCAAAAUGGGUGUACGCGAGCCCAUCAAGCUAUAUUUCCCGAACUAUAACAAAGAGGAGCUCUUCAAAAUUAUUUUCCUUCAUCAAAAGAGCUUUAUAAACAAUUUAUUAAUAACCCACGAAGUUGAUGACGAUAUCAGAGAGGAAUUAGAAAAACCAGAAUUGUUUGCAAACUUUCUCAACGCAUUUUUAAGCGUAUUUUAUAGACCGUGUCGCGAUCUGAUUGAAUUGCAGCAUAUGGCAUGCGUCAACUUCAUAAAAUACUGUGAGCCUAUAAUCAAGAAUGAGAUCAAUGCUACUGACUUAUCAAAACUAUGGCGACACAUCUCUCCAAUACUUAAGUCAAGUUUAGAGCUCCUGUACCUACGUAUUAGUAACUCUAAGCCUGUAAAUCCAUCACCAGGGAAGGAGAACAGUGAUGCAGAGGGCAUACCAAAUCAUAACUUUGAGAACACCUUAAAAGAGGAGUUGACAUCAACAAAAACAUUUGCACAGAGCUUUGAGCUGCCAUACUAUGCAAAAUUCUUACUUAUCGCUGCCUAUUUAGCUAGCUAUAACCCACCGAAAGAGGACAAGAGAUUGUUCAUGAAGAACCAUGGAAAGCAGAGAAAACGGCUGCAGCAAGUGAGAGCAAAAGCCAAGAUAACAGAGAAACUUAACACACAAUUGGGACCCAAAGUCUUCACUUUGGAUCGCUUACUAGCCAUAUUUUAUGCCAUUUUGGAGGAGAAAAUCGGUCUCACAAGCAAUUUACUGGCCCAAAUAGCUACUUUAGUUGAAUUGAAACUUAUUGCCGGCAGUAAAGAAAUAGAUUUAGACACAGCUAAAUACAAAUGUAUUGUUGGUUACGAUUUUAUUUCUGCGGUCGCUCAAACUGUGGGCUUCAAUGUCAGAAAGUAUUUGUAUGAUUUCAUGUGA